AUGCAGCAGGACAAGGACCCAAAAAGAACCACUUCCCAGAAUGACUCUGACCAUUUUGACGACCCGGUCAUUGAGUCUGGCUCUGCAGAAAAGCAGGCCAAAAAGAGGAAAUCCUCUAAGAAGGCAGAUGGGCAAGACGAGAAGAGGCUGAGGAUCUCUGCUCCUUUAGAAGAUGUCACGACAGCUAAGAGGAAAUGUGACGAAAAGGAAGAGCCCAGAAAGAGAUCACGAUUUGAGAAGAAGUACCAGCAGCUCAGCCCGCUGGGAAAAGGAGGCUUUGGUUGCGUAUACACUGGCUACAGGAGAGAAGACAACUUUCCUGUGGCCAUUAAACACAUACCCAAGAACAAAGUCAGAUACCACGAGGGUGUGAUUCCUAUGGAGGUAGCUGUUCUGCAGCGAUUGACCAAAAGAAAGGAGGUUGUAAAAUCUGCAGCAAUUUCCCUCCUUGACUUCUAUGAACAGGAUGACGAGCUCAUCCUGGUCCUAGAGUGUCCGGUCCCUGCAGUCGACCUCUUUAAAUAUACGUUGGACAGAGGCAAGGCCCUGGAGGAAAGGGAGUGCCGGCUGAUAGUGAAGCAGCUGAUAGAGGCGGCGUGGGAGUUGGAGUCAAAGAUGGUGUUCCAUGGUGACAUCUUAAUAGAAACCAACUCUGACGCCCCUCGCAUCAGACUGAUUGACAUUGGACACACCCACUUUGCAUCAGAGUCAACAAGGUACCGUGACUUCAAUGGCACUCCUCAGCACAACCCACCAGAGUGGUACAAGCAUGGCAGCUACACGGCAGGUUCCUCAACGGUGUGGCAGAUCGGGAUCAUCCUCUUUGACCUGCUGCACUGGGACAAGGGCUUAUUUGAUACCAAAAGAUCAAUCAUUGGUGAAAAACCCAUCCGUGAGGAUUUGUCCUCAGGCUGCAGAGACUUGCUGUGCCGCUGUCUGUCAAUGGAUCCACAGACUCGUCCUUCUCUGAUGAAGCUGACCUAUCAUCGCUGGUUCAAAGAAGGCCAGCCCUGA